AUGCCGCCCGCGCCGCCGCUCCGGUGCCGCCUCGUGCUCCCGCUCGCCGCCUUCGUCUCCGUUCCGUUCCUGCUCCCACUCACCCUCCCCCUCCUCCUCCUGCUCCGCCCCUCUGCCACCUCCCCGCACGCCCUGUCCUCCCACCGCCUCUCCUGGCUCCCGUCCAUUCGCGUCUCGCAUCCGUCACCACCGCCACGGACGGCACGAACGCCAACCCCGCCGGCACAAGCGACGUCGUCACCUUCUCCACCGCCGCCGCGGCCGCUGACACAGACGGCGUCACCUCUCCCACGUCCCACACCGCCGCCCAAGGCAGCCGAUCGCGAGAAAUCCGAACGGUGCGACAUCUACGACGGGACGUGGGUCCCGGACGACGACGAGGAGCUGACGCGGCCGCUGUACGCGCCGGGCACGUGCCCGUACGUGGACGAGGCAUACGCGUGCGCGUCCAACGGGCGGACGGACGACGGGUACACGCGGUGGCGCUGGGCGCCGCGCCGGUGCCGGCUCCCCAGGUUCAACGCGACGGACCUGCUGUGGAGGCUGCGCGGGCGGCGGCUGAUGCUGGUGGGCGACUCCAUGAACCGGAACCAGUUCGAGUCCAUGCUCUGCAUCCUCCGGGCGGCGCUCCCCGACAAGUCGAGGAUGUUCGAGACCCACGGGUACCGGAUCUCCAAGGGCCGCGGCUAUUUCGUCUUCAAGUUCCAGAAUUUUGACUGCACGGUGGAGUUCGUGCGGUCACAUUUCCUGGUCCGGGAAGGGGUGCGGCUGAACCGGCAUGGGAACUCUAACCCGACCCUCCAGAUCGACCGAAUCGACAAGACGGCCGGUCGGUGGAAGAAGGCCGACGUCCUCGUCUUCAACACCGGCCACUGGUGGACGCACGGCAAGACCGCCAGGGGCACCAACUACUACAUGGAAGGCGACACGCUGUACCCCCAGUUCAACUCGACGGAAGCCUACCGGAGAGCCCUCAGGACAUGGGCGCGGUGGGUCGACAAGAACAUGGACCCCAACAAGAGCCUCGUCUUCUACCGGGGAUACUCGAUGGCGCAUUUCAGGGGAGGGGAGUGGGACUCAGGCGGGUCGUGCAGCGGCGAGACCGAGCCGGCGUUCAGGGGGUCCGUGGUGGACAGCUGCCCGGAGAAGAUGCGGAUCGUGGACGAGGUGGUGGCGCGGAUGCGGUUCCCCGUGCGGCUGCUCAACGUCACGAGGCUCACCAGCUUCCGCAAGGACGCCCACCCGUCGCUCUACGGCAUGGCGCCGGACAAGAGGAGGAACGUGUCCAAGAGGAAGCAGGACUGCAGCCACUGGUGCCUCCCCGGCGUGCCCGACGCGUGGAACGAGCUCAUCUACGCGUCGCUCGUCUUGGAACCCAACCCCAGCUCAUGGGACAAAUCAUAG